AUGACAGUUCCUACCUCUUCUCCCAACAAACGGCCCCGUUGUCGGAUCAGGGAUGCCGUCCCCGGCAUUCACCUGGGCUUCUGGCCGACGGGACCCAAGAACAGUCUCACCGACGUCCCGGGCGUGCUCGUGCACACCGAGACCAUCCGUUCCGCCGACGGCCAGGUCAACACCGGUGCGACUACCAUCGUCCCCCGGGAGAGCUGGUUUCAGCAUGCCUGCCACGCGGGAGUCUUCCGCUUCAACGGCGCGGGUGAGAUGACCGGCUCCCACUGGCUGGAAGAGACAGGGCUCCUGGCCUCACCGAUCGUCAUCACCAACUCCUUCUCCGUCGGCGACGCCUACCGCGGCGUCCUGGACUACGCCGUCGAGCACAACAGGACACACGGGACGAGCUGGUUCAUGCUGCCCGUCGUGGCCGAGACGUUUGACGGCUACAUGAACGACCUGUACCGGUUCGCCGUCAAGCCCGAGCAUAUUGUCCAGUCCAUCAAGAACGCAUCCCCCGACCCGGUGCCCGAGGGCAACGUGGGCGGCGGCUGCGGCAUGCUGUGCCAGGGAUUCAAGGGCGGUACCGGCUCCAGCUCCCGUCUCGUCCCGGGCGUCAAGUUCUCGGGCUCCCGCACCGAGGAGACGUCGUGGACGGCCGCGGCGGCCGACACGGCCUACUCCCAGGCCAAGGACGACAAGGACGGCAGCAUCAUCGUGAUCCUCGCCACCGACGCGCCGCUCAACCCGUUGCAGUGUCAGCGGCUGGCCAAGCGGGCGACGGCGGGUCUGGCGAGGGUCGGGGGUUACGGGCACAACCUGUCAGGGGACAUGUUCUUGGCCUUCUCGACGGGCACCUCGGUGCUGGUGCAGACCGAGGGGGGCGAGCCAGCGCAGGAGAUACCCGGCAGCAGCAUUGACGACAACACCAUCAAUGCGCUGUUUGAAGCCGCCGCCGAUGCCACGCAAGAGGCCAUCUACAAUGCCAUCUGCAUGGCCGAGACCAUGACGGGGUUCGAAGGGCACACUGUCGAGGCCAUUGAUCUGGAGAAGCUGAGGGAGAUUAUGUACAAGCACAUGGUGCGAUGA